ACUUUCAGCUGUAAGAAUUUGGGUGCCUCUCAUAGUGAUGAACAUUCUCUGGUGCGGGGUCCAACUACCUUACCUUUUUGGCUUCAAACGAGUCAUCAAAGCGGCGCAGACGGUAAAGGAAAUGACCGACUAUGGGUGACAAGAUAAUCACUUGCAUGAUGAGUUAACCUUAUCAAGCGCAGAGCAAAAGAAAUCAAAAUCCCGGGUUUGCCGACCUGUAUGGAACGCCCAUCAGCAGGAACGGGCUGGGUGCCGUGGCUGUCAGCGAAUAGAAAUCACAACGGCGACCAAAGGCUUGAGAUCUGGCUGUUUCUCCACCUCGAUGACCCCCUUUCUUGCGGUCAACCUGAAAAUCAUCAUCCCUGGCCUGUUGAGGGCCCAGAUUCGAGAACUGGUGGAAAUGAGGACACGAUGAAGAACCAUGCAGGCGGCGGCACCCUGAAAAAGGCGUUGCUCCACCCACCCCCUUCCCCCCUUGCGCUUGACAUCCUGACUGGGCGCAGCCUUCAUUCGCCAAACAUUAGCUCCUGAAAAGCCAGCGUGGCGAGCGUUUUCCAUGACUCCAUAACCAGAGCCAUCCCAUUAUCGAACGAUAUCAAACGAGCACAAUCAAUUCUGAAGCCGUCCCCGCCGGUCAAAAGACAAGAGCCCAGGUAUAUGUACUCGUACGCCUGGCUACCUUUAAUAUACUGUUCAUACAAGUACAGUACAUAUAAAAUUGUUCGCGGGUAGAUCUGCGGCCCGUGGAUGCACAGUUUUAGGCCCUCUCUUGGCUCCAGGUCUCGCCCAAGACCCUGCUCGUUGCCAAAUGGAAAAUAACAGAGCAAGCGUGAUAGACGAUGGUAAUAAUGAAAGGACUACCUCUCCAGCGUCUAAAUACCAAUUGACCCGAUCUAGAACAUCAGGUCGUUGUCUGAGCAGGAAUGGCGCGGCGAAGUCGCUUCACCUUCGCCCUGCUGCUGCUCAUUUGUGAGAAGUGAACGUCUAACGCAAGUACAUCACAACGCUCCCGAUAAUUUGGUAGCCAUCACGGUAUCCUGAGGGAAACAGAGCCAAAUGACUGGCAGGGUCCAAGAGAAAAUGCCGCUCUUACCUCGCUGUUGGGGUCCACAAAGUUGGGAGACACUUUCAAUUCUACAGUGAUAUGAGGCCUCGAGGUUGGACGGUUGCAAUCCCCAGUGCCCUGGCUUCACUAUCGUCUUAGCUCUCCUACUCCAAAUGUUUGCCAACGUGGGUAGCAGGAUGAUAUUGUGGAAUUCGGUGUAUGGGCUCCAUGUCUUCAAUGCCCGGAUGCCUUAGGGACUACUCCGUACAAUCUGUGGGCUUCUGACGCCUGCAUUAUUUUCACCCCUUCAUAUAUCUAAAACCGGAGCCAACCUGUCUACUCGUAAGAAACACAACCGGACAAUUAAGUUCGGAAAACAGUUUACAACAGCAAUUUUUGCCAUACCUACGUCGCUAUCUGGAGGGAAGCCUAUCAAUCACCAAAGAGACAAUUUGGGGUGGACCAACCACCAUAGAAUGGCUAUCCGAUAAUCAAGUUUCGCAGGAGGCGCCACGGGCUUACAUUUCUUAAACAACUAGUGUCCUGUUAUAUCCUUCAAAAGCCUGCAUCGGCGAUGGUUAUUUCAUGACUGGGGUCUAGCUUUGUGAUCGAAUUUCACCAAGCUCUCCCGUCCCGAAUCUCCACUGACAAACUGCAGCAGAUGCAUGCAAGCCCGACUACGAAAAUCGUCGAUAAACUAAGUGACAAUCAUAACUCCUCGAGGCAACGGAUUAUCUCCAAGUCUAGUAGUGAAUUUGUUUACCUAGUCACGAUAAUCCAUGCAUUACAUGACUGAACGAAGCUGAUUUGCAUCUAUUGUUUAGGAUCUGUGGACCUAGCUACAUGGACAACGUAGUAGCGAUACUGUACCAGAUGUACAUGUACAUGUACAAUGUACAGUACGUUUUGAGCCACGGAAUCUAGGCCUUAGUCUACUAGCUUCUAGAUUGCGAGAUUCACCCGAUCACUUGGUCCGUUUCUCCAGAGCAUGAGUAUGUGGACUUGCCUUUGCGAUCGUUUCAUAUUUCCCAAUUUGCCGUCCCGAUAUCGACCUGACAUGGAGCCUUGAUCCAACCGAUCUCCCUCAGAAUCGUUGAACAUACGAGGCCCCAAAAGCAAUAGUGCUUGACAGAUUGUACUUGAAAAUACGCCCUUCAUAUCCGCUAACCUAUGGCCCGCGUCCUCGGUCACUUCUUUUUUGUUCUGGUCAGACAUAGUUGUGAAAACUUUCACAGGCUUGCUUGUACCUUAAGCAGAGUCUUCAAAGAAUCCGUGACUUAUUUCAAACCCACCUAUCAUGGUAGAAGCUUUACCCUUCAAUCACGGAGGAACUCUCGAAAGGUUCAGCGUGCAUAAAAACAACCCCGUCUUCCAAUGAAGACUUUUCAAAAAAAGGCUGGAUCCUCGUAAGGUCCUUUACAUGAUAAAUGGGUCAGUAUGGCUGGCAGCUAGACAUCCCGCACAUGGGGAAUUGAGGGCUGCCUCGUCGAACGAGCCAGUUAACUAGAGGGUGACUACCUCCCCGAGCUACAGAUCAUCAGUUUGCCCCAUUCUACUUCCGUUGUACAUGUACAUACUUUUCAAAACUCCUUAUUCAACGACCCCGUAACGGAUUACGCUGAUAUAUCGAAUCCUGCCAUCAUCAUUUGCAUGUUCUUCCAGCUACACUCAGACCUCAGCCACUAACUAUCCUUUGCCUAGUUAUCCUAACGGUAUCAUUUCAAAUUCCAUUCUAGAUCGGAGCAGGGAGUGGUUUUAAAGCCUGACAUCAACCCGCCCCGUUAUUAAAUAUUCACUCCUAAAUUUGUUUCGUCUUUGGCUUCCUUCCAAUUUCAUUGCUUCAACUUUUUGAUUCCUUGAUCCGCAUCUCCUUGAGGUUUUGCCAUAUCCAUAUAGCUCCAAAUCCCACAUCGCCAAGUUUGACAUCAGUUCCCCUACCAAGAUGAGCGAACCUGAGCCACUCAAAUUGACGGAGGAGAGGUUGGCGAUGCAUAACAAGCUAUAUAAACCGAGUCUAGAAACCCACUGUAGGCAUGCGAGUCAGCUAGUGGAAAUGGAAAGAAUGAGCAUGGGCUUGCUACCCCUGGACACCGAUUCCCUCAACAAAGAGCACUGCUCUACAUCAUCUCUACCAACUGAGCUGCCAUUUUCUCAAACAUCGGGCCUUUUCACGGGUUCUUUUGGCUCAACGAACGGGCCACUCAAAAAAUCCCCUCUCGAGCAUCCGUUAGAACGGCUUUUGACACCUGGUGAUCUCAGUGAACCGAUCUACUUUGCGAGGCAAGCAUUAAAGCAGUACGGAUUUGAAUAUGGGUCACGGGCCUCGGUCGAUGCCAGAAAGAAGCUGGGACGUCUCAACUAUGAGUCGACAAAGUCGACCGCCAAAGCCGCAGUGACGGAUAAGAAUGAUCGCAGUAAUCGGAAAAGUUAAAUCUCAUGGUUCUCUCUCCCGUUUUAGCACCAGUUUUCAGACGAAUCGCACGCUGUAACAGCAAGGUCAGGAAGACCACGCCAAAAAAACAACGAUUGUCCCAAAGCACUCGAUUUAUACAAAAUAGAACCUGCCGGAGGACCAUACUGUUAAAGGCUUUUUUCGGAAUUUUUAUCAUGCCUUAUUCCCCCUUUCCUUCGUUUGCUCUUCUGCCCUCGUUUACUGCGCCUCCCUACCUUGGGAGCCUGUUGGGAGCCGCUCAAGGCAACGCACCACUUUCUAAGCCCAGUUAAGAAAAGAAAAAAAAAAAUCACUAUUUCCUUCUCUCAGCUUCGCUCAGCCCUUGCACUGCGCCACUUAGUUAAUACCUUGACUACGCCACAUAUGGAUCUUACUACCAUCCCAAAUACCCUUUGCCCCACCUUGUAUUCUCUCCCAAUUGCAUUCUUUCCCUUCUGGCUUCUCCAAGUUACAAAUGGCUUAUACUCCGUACUUCGGUGCUCUCCACCCUUCAAUUGUGCCAUCCCUAUCGUUAUUAUUUCCUAGAAUUUUUGAUGAAAAGCACAGCACAGCUCUGCUCUUGAACUCGUACCAUCGCUUUCAAAAAUUGGCAAUUGAAAAUGCUUUGACAUUCCCUUUCUUUUUACGAUUAUAGAAUUGAAUGGCAAGCCUGAGUAAAAUCAUUAUUCUCGCGCGAAGAUAGAAGAGUAAGAAAAUGGUAAAUGUACCUCUACCAGAUGAGAAUAUAAUCCGGCCGGGUACUUUACGUCCGCUUUGUCACGAUCUAUUUAGCUCUCCCGAAUGAAUCUCAACAAGAUAUCACAAAAAAGGCCCACAAGAGCAAAAUCCUAUGCUAGCGUAGCCACUAGUCUAUCGAAUGCACAAUAGAAGCACUUGGUAGUGCCGAGCAUUUCCCAAGAAGAAGAAGAAGAAGAAGAAGAAGAAGAAAAAGAAAAAAGAAAAACAACAAACUUUACCUAGGCAGUGGGUCAACUUUGGAAAUUACCUACAGACAGCAGCAUUCGCCUGUUGUGGUACAGGCAACCCCGGGUUAUUGUGCAUAGAUAUGAAGAGUCGUUCACAAAACCACCCUGAGAACUUUCAACGCACGAAUAAUUGCAUUCUCCCAGGUUGCUGCAGGUGGGUGUCCUUUAAUCUCUAUUGUCAUCCGUAAUCAGAGAUUCUGUGGGUAUGUGUUACGAUGCCCGAAAAUGGGACUGUUCACAAAUCAUCAGUUUUACUCAGUUCCUCGAGCCAUGCUUCAGGGUGAUACAGCACUGAGGGCAGGACGACGUACUUCUUAGUCGAUAAUUUAAAAUGGAUCUCUCUCCAUUGAUCUUUCGAUCACCAUUAUACUCCGCUCUGCUGUCUAAAAACCUUAACUCACCGCCGACAAUCCAUAUAGACAAGGCAUUUUGUGUAUCAGCCCAGCCAAACCACGGUGGCAAAAGGAACACACCAGCCAGCUCUCUGGGGGAAAAGAGAAUGACAUUUUGGACGUAUCAUUGGUAACUCUCGUGGGAAACGGCCCGCGAUUGCACUUUUCUCGGCUUCAUCGUUUUGCUGCGACUUUUUUUUCUUUAAUUACGUUGGUUGCCGGGGAAAAAAAGGAUGAUGUAUUUCCUCUUCCCAAGUGAGCUUUCAUCUUUCCUUUCGAUCAUCAUAGCUCCUUACUUUUGUUUAUUAUUGUUUUAUUAUUGUUUUAUCCCUCUUGGUGUCGCUUGCCUUUGUCAACUCCCCAGUGUAUUUAAACCGCUUUUGAGUUCAUGGGCUGUGCAUAAAUUUGAUUGAAAGGCGGCCAGAAAAUCAUGAGA